AUGGUACGUACUAUUAAUCCUACUGCAUUCAAAGGUUGGAUAAGAUGAUACAUACGGUAUGUUGACCUUGUUUAUUGGCGCGCUUCGGAAUCUUCCGAUAGCAUUGCUUCAAUUUUUUUCGUCUUGAUUCUUGGCGAACAAUUUUCUCGUAUUGUUGACAAGGUUGUCAACAACGAUUCACCCUCGUGUUUCUCUUUCUUCUAUUGAUCCGGUUUGAUGCCAAAUAACAGGCGCGGAGAGCAUUUUCAGACGGAAUGAGCAACCCUAAUCACUACCGACAUCCCGGGCACGAACGUAUCGUCAGGGAAGUAUACGAAGACCGGCAACAAUUGGUGAACGAAAAUGAAGCAGAAAUAGCCGAUUUGAAACGACAGCUCGAACGUGCCACCCUGAAUCAAGAGACUCUUCUGGCUCGGAGGAAUGCAGCAAAGAAAAACUACGAAGCCGCAAAACCAAACAAAGUGGACCACUUGGAAGACGAUGGUGGUAGUGAUGAGGUCCGCAGCAAUUGCAUUGGUGGUAGUGAUGAGGUCAGUAGCAAUCACAACAGGGAUGACGCGAGCACACGCCGUCACUCAAAGAGAUAUUUGAGGCGCUUGAUGCGUAAGACCUUGACGACCUCUACGACCUAUGCGACCUCUGCGAGUGAUGAACAAGGAAGAAAUACUUGUGCCUCGAAUGCUCAGCGGAGGAUGUCACUCGUGAACGCAGAGGGCGUCCUCGUAGUCAACAAUAGCAUUUCAUCCCCAAGGAAACGAUCAGAACGUUUGAGAGAAAGAUACCAGAGCGAAUCACUACGGAUUGCUCGUUUCUCUGACAGGAGGCAAGUUUGAGGAAACAUUCAUAACUCCGCACUUCUACUUUUUGGUAACGCACGAUACUUUUGCUCGCGAGUACUCUACAAAAACCGAUUGCGUAGUCUACUAUGGAUACGUACGUACCGUAGCCCAACAAGGGGAAAUUGAAAUUUGUAUUCCCGUCAAUGGAAGUAAUAAAAAUGCUAGAUUUAA